AUGGACCAGCUGAAGCCUGUGGUAGUGACCCAGAGGAGAGGCCUGAGGGGCAGCUGCUGGAAGGUGGCCGUGGCUGCUGCGGUGCUGGGCAGUGUGGCAGCUCUCUACCUGGGGAUCCUGCUGGCCUGUCAGCCCUCGGGGGAGACCAGCUUUGAGCACACAGUGGAGCUCCGUGGCAUCACCUUCAACAGCAGCCUGCAGCUGGAGAGCUCUGACUACUACAGGGUGCUGACCCCUGCUCUGGAGAGGCUGUUCCUGUCUAGUGUCCAGGACUCCCAGCUGGACUGGAGCUGCACAGGCUGCACCAUCCUGGGCUACAGGAACGGCAACUCCAGCGUCCUCGUCCGCUUCCGCCUGCGCUUCAGCCCCCAGCACUCCCAGCCCCUCAGCUCCACCCUGGAGGAGGAAGCUCUCAGGCACGGGCUGGCAGCUGCCUUGCACGACCAGGGGCUCUCCCUGGCUGCCUAUGGGACCAUAUCCUCAGCUUCUCUGACAGGUAGCAGUGAGGCUUCUUCCCAAGGAUCUGAACUGAAGUCAGGGAGCUGCCCUGCAGGGAUGUUCAGCUGCCAGGACAGCCAAUGUGUGGCCAAGGCCAACCCCGAGUGCGACGGGCAGCAGGACUGCGCCGACGGCUCCGACGAGCAGGGCUGUGAGUGCGGGAGCCGCCCGGCCAUGCAGGCUGCCAGCAGGAUCGUGGGCGGCUCCGAGGCGUCCCGGGGGGAGUUCCCGUGGCAGGUCAGCCUGCGGGAGAACAACGAGCACUACUGCGGGGCUGCCAUCCUCACACGCAAGUGGCUGGUGUCUGCUGCCCACUGCUUCACUGAGUUCCAGGAGCCGGGCAUGUGGGCAGCCCACACGGGCAGCACGUGGCUGCGGGGCUGGGAGCGGGGGGCGGUGCAGCUGGGCAUCGCCAGGAUCAUCCCACACCCCUCCUACGACCCCGACACCGCCGACUACGACGUGGCCGUGCUGGAGCUGAAGAGGCCUCUCCCCUUCACCAAGUACAUCCAACCCGUCUGCCUGCCAGCGCACGGCCACCACUUCCCCACCAGCAAGAAGUGCCUCAUCUCGGGCUGGGGGUACCUCAAGGAGGAUUUCUUGGUCAAACCUGAGUACCUGCAGAAAGCCACCGUGGAGCUGCUGGACCAGGAGCUGUGCUCCAGCCUCUACAGCCAUGCCCUCACCGACAGGAUGAUGUGUGCUGGCUACCUGGAGGGCAAAGUGGACUCCUGCCAGGGCGACUCUGGAGGGCCCUUGGUGUGCCAGGAGGCAUCUGGGAAGUUUUUCCUGGCUGGCAUCGUGAGCUGGGGCAUCGGCUGCGCCGAGGCCAGGCGGCCUGGGGUCUACACCCGUGUCACCGAGCUCAGAGACUGGAUCCUGGAGACCAUCUCUGCCCUGCCCCCCUCCCUGAACCACACUGUGCCCCUGACAGACCCCAGCACCAACACCAAGGUUGGCAGUGCCCAGCAGCUCAACUCCACCACAGCAGCCCCCAGCUCCUUGGCAGCCCCAGCUGCCAGCAAGCCAGGGGCAGCGGCAGGACCACAAGGGUGCGGAGCACGCCCUGGGUUCUCCAAGCCCAGCAAGAUCGUGGGGGGAGCAGAGGCGGCCAGGGGAGAGAUCCCGUGGCAGGUCAGCCUGCAGGAGGACUCCAGGCACUUCUGCGGAGCCGUCGUCGUUGGGGAGCGCUGGCUGCUGUCCGCAGCUCACUGCUUCAACGAGACAAGGCCAGAGGAGCUGGAAGCCCACAUGGGAACAACAUCCCUGAAUGGAACAGAUGAGCAGAGAGUGAAAGUCAAUAUCACAAGAGUGCUGCUGCACCCCCUCUACAACCCCAUGGUGCUGGACUUCGAUGUGGCUCUGCUGGAGCUGGCCAGGCCUCUUGCCUUCAGCAAACACAUUCAGCCCAUCUGCCUCCCAGCUGCUGGCCAGGAGUUCCCUGUGGGCAAGAAGUGCAUCAUCUCUGGCUGGGGUGACCUCCACGAGGGCAAUGGCACCAACUCAGAGACCCUGCAGAAAGCCUCUGUGGCCAUCAUAGAGCAGGAGACCUGCGACUUCCUCUACAACUUCUCCCUCACCGACAGGAUGCUCUGUGCUGGCUUCCUGGAGGGCAAGGUGGACUCCUGCCAGGGAGACUCAGGUGGGCCCCUGGCCUGCGAGAUGAGUCCAGGAGAGUUCUACCUGGCCGGCAUCGUGAGCUGGGGCAUCGGCUGUGCCCAGCCCCUGCAGCCCGGGGUGUACUCCAGGAUCACCAAGCUCAGGGACUGGAUCCUGGAUACCAUCUCACAGCUGCCCAGGCCUGGCACAGGUACCACAGGCACCCCUCCCAGCCCAGCCAUCAGUGGAGCUCCUGCUGCAGCCCUCCCCAGCCAGCAGCACAGCACAGCAGCUGCAAGUCCGACCAGAACCACCCUGGAGGUGACCACAGCCAGGAACCAAAGCUCCACAGCUCUGACGCCCACCCAGCCUGCCAGGCCCACCCAAGCCCCAGUGGUGCCCUGUACCAGCCUCACCUUCAGGUGCUCCAGCAAGGUCUGCAUCGGCAAACAGAACCCUGAGUGCGACGGAGUCCUGGACUGCAGCAACGGCCUGGAUGAGCUCAGCUGUGACUGCGGCUCCAGCCCCGCGCUGGGCUCCAGCCCUGCCCUGGGCUCCAGCAGGAUCGUGGGCGGCAGCAGCGCGGCGCAGGGCGAGUGGCCCUGGCAGGUCAGCCUCUGGCUGCGGCGCAAGGAGCACAAGUGUGGAGCUGUCCUCAUCGCCGACCGCUGGCUGCUGUCCGCAGCUCACUGCUUUGACAUCUACAGUGACCCCAAACUGUGGGUGGCCUUUCUAGGAACGGCGCUGCUGAGCGGCACCGAGGGCACCGCGCGGAAGGUCUUCCGCAUCUACAAACACCCCUUCUACAACGUCUACAGCCUGGACUACGACGUGGCCCUGCUGGAGCUCAGCAGCCCUCUGCCCUUCAGCAGCACCAUCAGACCCAUCUGCCUGCCAGACACCUCCCACGUCUUCCAUGAGGGAGCCAGGUGCUUCAUCACAGGCUGGGGCUCCACCAAGGAAGGAGGCCUCAUGUCGAAGCAUCUGCAGAAGGCAGCCGUGGAUGUGAUUGGAGACCAGGCCUGCAAGAAGUUCUACCCAGUGCAGAUCAGCAGCAGGAUGCUGUGUGCUGGCUUCCCACAGGGCACCGUGGACAGCUGCUCAGGUGAUGCAGGAGGGCCCCUGGCGUGCAGAGAACCCUCAGGGAAGUGGUUUCUAGCAGGAAUCACAAGCUGGGGCUAUGGCUGUGCCAGGCCAUACUUCCCUGGUGUCUACACCAAAGUCACAGCUGUCCAGGGCUGGAUUGCACAGAACCUCAAGCUCUGAAGCUGCAUUUCACCACUCAGGGACAGCAACGAAGGAGAGGAGCAACUGCCAGGGGCUGCACUCAGCCCUCAGCUGCUGCACCUCCAUGGCUGGGUGCUGCAAAGGGCUGAG